AUGGAGAAUCUUGCCCUGUUAGGUGAACGUCUCAGGGGCGUGGACGUGACCGGUAUAGGAGAAGGGGAUCACAUUGCCGACGUAUGUUAUGUCCCCUCAGAAGAGCAUCAUGUGGAAAAAUCAGAGACCCUAGUUUUGACGCGGAAUGGAAUGCUUCUAAGAACAACGGAAGAAGGUGCUGUGGUGUGGACUUGCAACCUGGAGGAUUUGGCGCCCGGUGGUAAAUGGUUCAAUGUAUCGUACAAUGACCCAGAAAUUGUCUGUUUGUCCAAGAAUGGCGCGAUUGUCUCCGUGGUUCCUUCCAGUGGUGAAACAGAGUUGGUGGGUGUUUUCGACUACGGUUUGGAGUCAGCAGCUUGGAGCCCGGAUGGGGAAGUCCUCAUCAUUGUCACAGCAACCGACGAUGACGAAGAUGAGGCAAAGCAGAAUUCUGUUCUCAUCUCGAUGAACUCACAGUUUGAGGUAUUGGAAGAAGUCACAAUUCCAAAGGUCGUCACUUCCCAAGGAAACGACGAUGCCCAGGUCUCGGUUGCCUGGCGACCGGAUGGAAGUAUUUGCGCCGUCAGUAGUAUCGAUGAGGAAGACAACAUGCGCAAAGUGCGAAUGUAUAAGCGCGAGAAUUUGGUCAUGCAUGCCAUUGGAAGAGCGGAAGACGCCAGUGGAUCUUUGGUGCGAAAUUUGCAACAUGCGGGUUUGGCAUGGGCAAGUUCCGGGUGCUCCCAGGUUCUUGCCGCUGUCCAGCGCAAAGGAAAGAGAACACAGCAGAUUGUCUUUUUCGAGUCUAAUGGUUUGCGGCAUAGAGAGUUUGCACUUCGAGAAUUGCCAACGACAUCUGUCACUUCUCUCGAGUGGAAUGUGGAUUCUGAUCUAUUGGCAGUUGGGCUACGCGAGGAGGGUGGGACAGACAAGAUUCAGCUCUGGCACAGAAAGAAUUAUCACUGGUAUCUAAAGCGAGAAAUCAGAUAUCCUGGACAACAGGUCGUCAAUAUCAAGUUUGACGCAAUAAAACCGUAUACCUUCUCGGUUCGUCUGAACUCAUUCGAAUGGAAAGAAUACGAAGUCCAAUGGGAUCCCAGCACCACUUGGAUUAAAGGGGGACAAGAUGGACAAUGCGUAGCCUUCGUUACUGAUGGGUGCUCGCUCAACAUUACCCCACUCCACAAGGCCCUAAUUCCGCCACCAAUGUUCAUGUCUCAGACCAAUUUGGACGUGCCAAUCUCUGAACCAUUCUUUUGUCGGCAGUCGGGAUGCAUGUUUGCAACAAUGGCAGACGGAAGCCUAGUCAAGGUAAAUCAAACCGCUGACGAGAAGGGGAGAGUAACAUACAACACCACGAAGGUACAAUCCACGAGUGACAUAUCGCAACUGUCACUUCGGUCUCACGUUGUAAUUGAAGAAAACUCCUCGUCAGUGCGUGUAGCCGCAAUUGCUUGUGCCGAAAAGAAUAAAACAAAUGAGAGUCUUGUCGAGAUACUAAUCAGUGCUCUGGAUACCACCGAACCAUCAAUGGAAAUUGGCAGCUCGAUAGAAUUGGAUGGCCGUGUCCUGCGAAUGGUCGGCUGGGCAGAUACAUCAAAUGGAUGUCUCUUACAAAUGCAGGAUGGGUCCAUGGUGGAAUGCGAUGUCGCUGAUGGAAUCAUUGCCACUACAUCAUCGGUAGCAGAAAGUCUUUUGGAGCCAUGUCCAUGGAUCUGCGCCAUUAAGGAUGUUGCUCCAUAUUCGCGAGGAGACGAGCACGAUCAACUUCAUCCGAGACUAAUUUUCGGCUUGUCCUCGAAGUCGAGGCUGUACUUUCAUGACAUCAUGUUGACCGACUCAGCUUCUUCUCUCUUCUUAUCGAUGGAUCAUGAAUUCCUCUGUUAUGCUACGGCAGGAUCACGUUGCCAGAUUCGGUUUUUGAACUUGUUCGAUAUCAAUGGUUUCGAUCCUUUCAUGGGGCCAGACCAAGCCAAUCUGCUAGAAGGAUACGAACCACGGAACGUUGAGAGAGGUGCCAAGAUUGUCGCAAUUUUGCCAUCCAGUCCUUCCGCCGUGCUACAAAUGCCACGCGGCAACCUCGAGGGUAUUUUCCCGCGAGCCCUUGUCCUUCGAUAUUCAAUGACUGCAAUCUUUGCUGGCCAGUAUGGUGAAGCAUUCCAGAUUAUGCGGAAGCACAAGGUUGAUUUGAAUCUUUUUGUUGACCUGGAUCCAUGGGCUUUCCUGGAAAGUGGGAUCAAAGAGUUCUUGUUGCAAGUCGUCGACAUCGAUCACCUGAAUUUGUUCAUUGCAAAUCUAAGAGACUUCGACAACACGCAAGCGCAAGCGAGGUUCCCUGUUCCUGAAUGGUUCAAAAGGGACCACAAAGAAGGAAAAGAUCGUUCUUCUUUCGAUUUCAUGACGAAAGUCAGCCAGGUCUGCCGUACAGGACGCUCUGUGAUGCUCAAGAUGGAAGAAAAUGGCGACAAGCCUGAAGGCCACUUUCUACUUCCUGUGCUUUCAACGUUUGCAAAGGAGAAUCCACCACGACUGGACGAUGCCCUUGAUCUCAUCAAGAGCAAUGCGCUCAAGGUAGAGACACAAACAAAGAAGAAUCCCUUGUUUACUGAUGUGGCUCAAAAUUCAAUCCGCUACCUGGCAUUCCUGGCCGAGUAUGAGCUACUGUUCGAAACGGCAUUGGGUAUGUAUGACUUUGAAAUCGCAAGAGCUGUCGCUCGAAACUCUCAGAUGGAUCCAAAGGUAUACCUUCCUUUGCUCCGACGAUUGAAUGAUCUUCCACAAUACUUUGCAAGAUUCGAGGUUGACGUGCGAUUGAAGCGAUAUGAAACAGCACUCAGAAACCUGUUCGAAUCAUUCAGUACCAACGAAGAAGUUCCCGAGGCAGAAAAUGAAGACAAAGGAAAUUCUUUUGCGAACUGCUUGUCACUCAUCAAAGGACACAAUCUCUUUAAGCUUGGUUUGGAGCUAUUCAAAAAUGAUGGCAAGCGAAACGAGAUCUCAGUUGCCUUGGGAGAACACCUGAUGAAAGAGCAGCAGUUUCAAACUGCCCUAUCGGUCUUCCUAUCUACUUCGCCAACAUGCGUGGAUGGUGCCAAACGCGCUGCAAGAGCAGCGAAAGAAUGGAGAUGCUAUUUCUCGCUUGUUGAUACGGAGAUUGAAGAUGCGAAUCCAACUGUUGACGAAUUCAGAGCAGAACAGCGCCAGCAAAUAGCCCAUGAAGUAGCCACAGAAAUUAUCGCUGAUGUCGAAUCUGGAGUUUCCAAGAAACGAAUGGAAGUUUAUGCUUCAGCAGCGCGAAUUCUGCUGGACUAUGGAGACGAUAUCAUUGGAGGCGUUGAUAUGCUGGUGAAGGGGGCUUGUUGGAGUGAGGCUUACCGGGUUUCUACUCUCAACCAACGUCAAGAUCUGACUAAGAAGUGCACCGACGCAGCAAUUGCCUAUGCGUAUACUGCAAUCGAAGACUUUGAGGACAAAUCCAAUUCAUUUGCCGCGGCAUCAGAGCAAUAUGCGACUGUCUUGAACUUGCGGAAGAAAAACAUUUUUGUUGCAGGUCCAGACUUGGACGACGAGCAGGACGACACUGGCAGUCUCUUUUCGGUUGCUUCCCAAUACUCGAACAUGAGUUUGCGAAGUGAUAUGAGUGGCUCUAGUAUGGCUAGCAACGUUUCCAGUGUUAUCAGUGUAAAAACGGCCACGACAUUUACAAUGACAGGCGAUGAUGGAAUCAAUCGCCACCGUUCCAAGUUCAACAAGGGAAAAAAGAAGAAGCAAAAGAAGAAGAGGAAACCGAAGCGAAAACCAGGAAGCAUUGAGGAGUUGAAUGGCCUUGUGCAAACCCUUCGAUUAUGUUGUCCAAAGGAUGAAUAUGCUUUUUGUGUUGCCGAAACGUUACAGUUCUUGAUUUUUGCCAAUCAAGUACCUGUCGCCACAGAGCUUUUCAAUGCUUAUCAAUCAACGAUAAAAGCAAUUGAAGAAUCGCGUGACAAGCGAGUAGAAGCAGCAGCGAAGGAAAAGAGCCAGGCAGAACAAGUAACCAGAGUCGAGGGAGAACAAGACGAUGGCAAUUUCGUAUUGAUUGAGUUGCCAAUCGAGAAAGAAAUGGACGAAGUAUCAUGUGCAAAGCUCCCCGAAAGUCUCUGCAAAGUUUUUGAUUAUGCUCUAUAA